AUGCUGAGUAAUGCAUAUAGUGGAUUUGGUUGGAAUGAUGAGUUCAAAUAUGUGGAAGUAGAGAAAGAGGUUUUCGAUGUAUGGGUUCGGUUCCAUCCCAACGCGAAGGGUUUGAGACAUAAACCAUUCCCCCACUAUGAUGAGCUUUCAAUCGUAUUUGGGAAAGAUAGGGCCAUUGGUGAAGGCAGUGACACCCCGUACGAUCAAGCAUCUGCAACAGAUGAACAUUUGGAGGAUAUUUGGUUAGGAUCACAAGUUAAUGAGCAACAAAAAAGUAUACCUGACAUGGGAUGGAUGAAGUUUUCCCAGAUACACCCAUCAGUAGGCAUACUGGAUCAAAUAACGAUAUGA